AUGCUCAAGAAUAUGAGAUCUUCACUGAUCCGAAUUCUUCGUCUUUCCUUUCUCAACAAUACAAUGUCACUAAAAAUGGCGAUAAAUACCAAGCGAAAUUUGGCGCCUGAAAGACAACGAUGGAACAAAGACGUAAGUUCAUGA